AGCGAACUACCAUGUGACGCACUUUUUAGCGCUCAGCGUGUAAUCCAUGAAUCAGCAUCUGUUGACUUCGUGGCACAGUUCAAUGCCCACUAGUCAGGUGGACGAAACCGACACAGUGCCCUCAAUUCCCACCGCAGAUCUUCUUCUGUCGUUAGACGAAUAUGAGGAUGAUAUCGAAGGAUGGCUAAACCAUGUUCUCGACGAGAGGCUUUCCAACUCAGGGGGGGAAGAGGCUGAGGCCAAUCUUGCCACUCUUGAACAACGCAUCUCGCACCUCGCGACACGGUUGCAAGUUGUCACACAGGAUACUGCUGCGCAGCUUGAGCAGACGAUAGAGGACGUCUCAAGAACCGUCCCUCGCAUCACGUACGAUCUCCAGUUUAUGCGAGAGUCCGGCCUUACCCUUCAAGUGAAUCUGAAAUCCGUUGAAAGCAAGACAAAACGGGCCGAAAAUGAUCCCACUAACGCUGCUCUCGAACGUCUUCAUUACUUUUCUACUGUUAAGUCGAGAAUGGAGGGAGCGAGAGAAGUCCUACGAGAAGCAGAGAGCUGGAGUGUUCUCGAGCCUGAGGUUACGAAUCUCAUUGCCACCGCGUCAUUUGCGAAGGCCAGCGAACGUUUAGCCGAAGCAAGCCGGAGCAUGGUUGUGUUCCAGAAUACUCCCGAGUUUGAAAGUCGGAGAGCUCUCAUGAUCAGUUUGCAAAAUCAAUUGGAGGCUGCCGUCAGUUCCCCUUUGGUGGCUGCUAUCAAUGCGAAGGACGUGUCUGCUUGUCGAUCCUAUUUCUCUAUCUUUUCUAAUAUUCAGCGCGAGACUGAAUUUAGGAACUAUUAUAAUGGUUCCAGGCGUGCAGACCUUGUUUCAUUCUGGCAAUCUGUUUUGUUGGUGGAUUGUGAUAAUGCUCCGUCCGCACCAUCUGCUUCGACUCCCAUUCCUUUCGCCGAAUUCUUCCGGAAAUUUCUGGCCGAUCUCCUUGCGCGUGUAAAUGAAGAGCAAACCAGUAUCACCGCAAUCUUUUCGGAUCCCCAAACCAGCCUUUCCCUCUUUAUUCAGUCCACCUUGGAUUCUCUCUCGCCUUCCCUUAGCCAGCGUCUGACCGACGUAUCGGAGUCCCAUGGGGAUGCCGCUCUUCCGGAGCUGAUCAAGUCCUUCAGAGUUGCGGAAGAGUUCGCAAGCUCUGUUGAACAGAUCAUGAGCCGAAUGGGAUACUCCUCUUUCUUCUCCCAAGCGAGUGAUGAUUCUGUGACAAGACGGUCUGGGAGGCGGAGUUCGAUAUCGUCGCGGCGUAUGGGUUCAAAAUCGACAUCAAUGUCUCCCAAUGUCAACGUGCUGGCCAGUGGACCGGGAGUGACGUGGGAGCUCGCUUUGUUCGAAUCCUUUAUUGAUCUUCAGACGGAGUAUCAGCCCCUGGAAACUCGAUUUAUGAACAAAGAGCUUUCCCGAAUUGUCGGCCCAUCUGUCUUGCAGUCUUCUGAUGUCGCGCGGGUUUUGCAAGAGCGUUCGGCUGCGAUCUUCGGUGCGGUGGAGGAAUGUCUAAGCCGUUGCAUCGUUUUUACCCACGGGUAUGGUGCGAUCGGUAUGGUGGGGGCCAUUAAUCAGGCAUUCAAAACGUUUCUAGAGACUUCGCAACGUAGUCUCAUUCCCCAAACUAAUGGAGACAAUCCGAGCCCAAUAAAGUCUGGUUUACAUCAUACCUCACGCGUAGAUUCGGAGACCCUCGAGGAGCUUGAUUAUACUCCUGAUGACUGGAGUAACUUCCAACUCGCUCUGCAUCUCCUUGAGACGUGUCGAGUCGUCAAGGAUAGGUUAUUAGUAUUCGAGGCGAAAGUAAAAGCUAGCCUCGUUCAGGUUUCCACUACUUUCCGCCUUGCGCGAAACGACCCCCACGGUGUUCACUUGGGAGGCAUAGGCGCCACGAAGGGAGAAGCCGAACUUUUGCUUCAAUCCUCUCUCAAUUCGGCAGAGCUCCACGCCUUGUUAGAUGCACUCGACCCAGCAAGUGCGUCUGCGCCUUCGCCUUCAUUUUCUGUCGCAGCCUCGCCGGCUGCAAGGUUAGAUGCGAGCAUACUCGCAGCGUCCCUUGAUGGUCUCUCUUCAUUCACGAAAUCGUGUCAGCUCUACCUUCAGCACGUCAUCUUAAAGCCACUGCACGCUCAUCUAAGCACAUAUGCAAGUGCUCCGGCGUGGUCCUCCACAGAAUCUAAGACGGAACGAGGGGCCUUCGAUCUUCAAAUACCAUCAUUUUCACUAUCCCCAACUCAGACCGUCCAGCACGUAGCAGAAGGAUUGCUGAAUUUACCGCGACUAUUUGAAGUAUAUGGGGAUGACGAUGCAUUGGCAUUUUCAAUCGAGACUCUCCCUUUCGUGAACGAGGAAUCUCUCAAAUAUAUGAUGCAUGCAGAAAAUUCACAAACAGGGGUACCUCCAUCUCCGACUGACGACCGUCCCGCAUCGCACUCACGGCGAGCUUCCAUGACACUCUCCGUACCGGCACGGCGACUUUCUUCCACCUCCUUAUCUCUCGCUUCUAAUGCCUCUGCAGCCGAGCUACACCAGCCGCCACCCGCGUCUCUCUCACCCGAGAUGGUCACCUCAACCUGGCUACAUUCCCUCACUUUGUCUCUAUUGACCCACCUAACGAGCACUAUCCUCCCUUCUAUCCCUCAAUUAUCUUCGCAGGGGGCAGCACAACUUUCUUCAGACUUAGCGUACCUUUCCAAUAUUAUCCGUGCACUGAACGUGGAGUUCGAAGAGCUGGACCAAUGGAGAGACAUCCUGGAUAUGAAGGAAGGCGAUGCAAGAAAUAGAUAUGACGCCAUACUGACAGAGACGAGGCUCGGCGGAGGCGGUGAUAUAGCUGGGCGUGAGAUUUGGGAGAUGUUCGCAAAGAUGCGUGGCUGGAUGCCUAGUACGGUACAGUAGAAAGAUAUUUUCUUGGGUAAUGAUGUGGCUACAAUACUUCCAUAUUGCAGUGUGGGACCACCGCAGGUGCCAAUGAGCCCCUGGCUAUUCUGAACUGAAGUAAGAGAGCUCCAAGCCAAUGGCUCGGAUAGGUUUCGAUCGAUUUGAGAAAUCGGAGACUACACCGAGGCUGACUAGAGUCUUCCCGAGCCGACCUUCCCACAUGAGUGAGACAUC